AUGGUCGUGUUCAACUCGGGUCUCGCACAAGAGAUGCAGCAGCAUAAGUCUAAUCCAGCACCGCGCGGGAUGUCUGACUAUUGCAGCAUUGCAUCCUUGUGUGAGAAGCUUGACCGGCACCGCUUGGGAAGGCGCCAAUGCGAAGUUCUUAUGCUGACAUGCCUUGCUGUCGCUGGACUGAAGCGCCAGAUCGCCAUUAUCACUGCCUGUCUGCGAAUCUUCGAGCUCAGGACAAGUUUUCUGCAGGGGGCUUUUGCCGACCUCCCUGCCGCUGAGCACACACGAGCAAUGACUCGUUUUUUGCAAGAAGACUCGUCGCAGCACAGCCGGCGUGGAAACCCGCCAAUUUCUGCAUUACAUCAUGAGGUCAGAAUAGUGGCAUGUGGACUCGUUGCUCUUGCAGUAGAGCUCACCUGCACGAUGCUGGUGCACUCGUGCUUUGCAGCUGCGACCUUCACACCCUAUCGAAAGUGA